AUGCGUGUGCAGGUCGAGGUGGAGGGUGAGGUCUUCAGCGGGUCCACCCCCACAGCCCCCUUUGCUAAGUGGGCUCUGGCGCGGGGACACGUGGAUGUCGUCAGCGGGCUCAUGGCUUUCGGGUUGUUGGACCCCUUCCUCCAGGCUGUGCUCCGAGCUGCUGCGGGCCUGAGGGGCCCACCCCCUGGGCUUUCGCCCCUGGGGCCCGUGCCAUCCAUUGCGCCGUCCCUGGCCAACUGGCUCCCAUUCUCUGCCAGAAGUGGCGCUGCGAUGGGCACCCGCCAGCUGUCUGAGGACCUGAUGCGUGGCAAUCCCUUUGCUGACAAAGCCAGAACUCCGCUCUGGGUGGACACCAGACCUGCAAUCGUGGCCGAAGCGAGGCCGCUGGCCUCCAUGCCGGCACCGGAGGCCACCAACAGAGGCCCUCAAGCACGGGAGGAGCCUGCCUCAGGCUCUGGCGUCCCUGGUGCGAGCCAGCGCAGCCGCCGUCGAUCCCUCCCCUUGGCGGUGGGCAAGUCUGGCAGGGGCUGGACCGCCUUCACCGCAUAUGGCAUGGAGAUGCGCGAUGCUGUCCGGGCAGACAAUCCUUGGGCCUCUGCCACGGAGAUCGAGAAGCUCGUGGGCCAGCGCUGGGCACAGCUGAGCAGCGAGGAGAGGCAGCACUACGUCGACAUGGCGGCUCGCGUGCGCAAAUCGAUGCGUGCCUCCCAGGCAGAGGAGGAGGAGGAGGCGGUUGCGAAGCGGGCAUGCUCGGACACCGCCCACCUAGCAGACGCAGGAACGGAGCGCCCGCAGCGCACCCUGAGGCCACCUUCCCGCUACACAAGCGCAGACCUGGUGGACGACCCUGCCAUAGCGUGCGCCGGGAUCCAGCGGCUGCAAGCCGGGGGAGUGGGGCCGAGGGUCCUCGUGAAGCGGCACGCAAGCAUGGAUGCCAGGGCGCACCAGCCUGCGCGGCAGCGCCUGCAGCCUGCUGCGCGUGCUGCGCCUGUGGAGGACCACGAGGCUGAUGUGCUGGGGCUGCUGGCCGAGAUGCGAGCAGAGGUGAUGGCAUCUGAGUCCGACAGCCCCCCCGCAGUGCUGCUCAGCAUGGCCGAUCGAAAGGCACGGCCGCCGCUGUCCUGA